CCAAGAAAAAGUAGGUCCAUUUUGCAAUUAUUCUAUAAUUAUUAUCUGCAAAUCCCUUUGCCAUCUCCCCCACCUCCAAUAGAAGGGGAUAACCCCUCCAAUGUCUGUUCAUUUCUUGUGUUUGUAAUAUUAUUUGUAUUCUGCUCUAAUUCCCCAUUGGCUUUUGUAUACCCAUGUGUUUGUAUUCAAUAUGUACUGCAAAUUUACAAGCUAAGUCACCCUCAACACCCCACCUCUCUCACCAGGACAACAUGAUCCGGGGUUGAGUCGAAGACCAAGAAGGGAGUUAGCAUUCUACUUUCGGCUAUAUCCAACCUCAUGGAAAAAGAAGGUCUAGAAUCUGAUCUAGUGUAGAACUUUUUUGUUUCUUUGUUUUUUUGUUUUUUUGUUUUUUUUUUGGCUGUUUUUAUGAAUUCUUGAUUGUUCAUGGAAGCGGCCGAAAUGAUUAUACCUCCUUUGUUUAUAUGCCCCAUAAGUCUAGACUUGUUUAGAGACCCAGUUACUCUGUGCACAGGCCAAACCUAUGAUCGGUCCAGCAUAGAAAAAUGGCUAGCAGCUGGGAACUUAACAUGUCCAGUCACAAUGCAGAAACUCCAUGAUCCUUCUAUAAUACCGAAUAACACUCUUCGGCAUUUGAUCGAUCAAUGGCUCAAUUCGGGUACUCAAAUCGAUCCGGUUUACCUUCACAUAAUCAACUCUGAUAGUUCGAUUGCUGCGAUCAAGCACAAUCUUGAGUCGAAUGAAUCCACAUUGGAGAAUAAACUUGAAAUACUGGAUAUCAUCUGUUCUUUGGCAGAUGAACUACCCCUGCAGAAUUCUUGUUUGAUACAAUUAGAUUACUUUUGUUUAUUGUUAGAAGUGGUUUUCAGAAAGUCAGAAGGUUUACAUUUUCAAGAAGAUUUGAGGUUUAUAGAAAAAGCACUUAUUUGUGCUCUUAAGUUGUUGCCGUUUAGUGACUUGGGGGCCAUAAACAUGCUCAAAGAGGAGUCUAAAUUUUCUUACUUUGUUUUUAUCUUUGAAAACGGCAACAUGGCUAUCAAGAAAAGCUUGUGUCAUUUGGUGGAGGCAAUUGCAAAAGGUUUAGAGACAAAAGAGCUUUGCAAUAAACUUGGAACAUCAGUCAAUCUUUUGCAAGAAAUAAUUCGUCUUGUUCGUGACAAUUCCGAGGCUGCAGAAGCCGGGGUCAAGGCCAUAUCAGCAUUAUCAUUGACAGAAUCCAAUCGCGAAAAGCUAGUAAAAGAAGGUGCAGUCGAAGAACUUGUGAUACAUAUUUCAAGGUCCAAAAGACACGAAAGAAGCUUAGCACCGAUGGCAGUGUCCGUAAUUGAGAAUCUUUUAACCGUAGAGUGCGCAAAACAGGUGAUUAUUAAUCACCCCUUUGGUGUAAAUGCAUUAGUCAAGUUGGUUUUCAGAGUAUCAGAUCAUGAAGGAAGUGCGAGUGCUGUAAAUUCAUUACUAAUUAUAUGCGUUGAUUCGAAAACUGCUAGGGAGGAAGCAAUUUCUAGUGGAGUUUUAACUCAAUUGCUGUUACUUCUUCAAAGCCAGUGCAGUGGGAGGACUAAAACAAAGGCAAGAAUGUUGCUUAAGUUGCUCAGAUCAAAGUGGAAUGAAGACUCAAAUCAUGCCUUGUAACUCGUAAAAAUUAUGGGAUCUCCAUAUUUUGUAUAGUUGAUUACAAAUUCUAAAUCACCCUACAUGAAUGAUUUAGAAUCUUUGUAACUAGUUAAUGUUAGAAAAAAACAAAAAUUAGAAUCUUGUCCAUUGUUUUUAGUGUACUUCAACUGUUGCCUACAGAAAUAUCUUAAAUGUUCUCCUAAA